CUGGGGGAGCCGGAUAAAGAGACUUAAUGGGCCACCCCGGACCACUCUAGCUGGAUCAAAGCAAAGACCCUCGUCUUUUUACUUUCCUUCUUGACAGCUUCAUGGCGCCAAAGAAGAAGGAAGAGCCGGCACCUGCGCCGGCACCCAAAGCACCUGAACCUGAGCGCCCUAAGACCCCGGUGUUCAACCCUGCAUCUAUCACGCUGGAAUUCACCCCCGAGCAAAUUGAAGAUUUCAAAGAUGCUUUCCAGCUGUUUGACAGGACUCCAAACAGCGAGAUGAAAAUCACCUACGGACAAUGUGGGGAUCUGAUCCGAGCUUUGGGACAGAAUCCCACCAACUCCGAGAUCAUGUUUGUGCUCGGGAAGCCCAAAGCCGAAGACAUGCAGUCCAAAAUGAUGGAUUUUGACCAGUUCCUUCCCAUCCAUCAGCACAUCUGCAAGGCCAAAGAUCAAGGAACCUUCGAGGACUUUGUGGAGGGUCUGAGGGUGUUUGACAAGGAGGGCAAUGGAACCGUCAUGGGCGCCGAGCUGAGACACGUCCUGGCAACGCUUGGUGAGAAGAUGCGAGAGGAUGAGGUGGAGCAGCUAAUGCAGAACCAAGAGGAUGCUAAUGGAUGCAUCAACUACGAAGCUUUUGUCAAAUACCUUAUGGCCUCUUGAACGACAAACUCAUGUAUUAUUAUUAUUAAUAUGAAUCUCGUUGUCAUUCUGCUGCUGCCUUAUUCUGCAUGACGACAUCUGUCAUCUCAUAAAGUGCAACAUGCUGAUGGAGUA